AGAGAUUAUAUAAAAUAUUUACAAAACAUAUUUCUUGCCUGUGUGUCUGCCUGCGCCACUAAUCCUUUAUGACUGCAACACCUAUACCAACACCGUAUUGGACCAGGUCCCUUUUUACAAAGGAGACCUCCACACAAGAUUGGAAGAGGCAAACAUGGCAGACUCAAGAGACAAUGUGGGAGACUUCUUGGAGGAGUUCAGAGAGCAGAUCAUAGCACGGGUGACAUUAGCUCGUCCCAUAGCAGACGCUGUGAUCUCACAACAUCUGAUCUCACAACCAUGGAUUGCUGAAGAGCUGGCCCACAGCAUCCGUGCUGCCCAGAACACACAAGAACAGAUGAGGGCACUAUUUGAAGUCCUAGCGAGAGAGACUGCACAAGCCAAACUUGCAUUCCAUCUGAUACUGACACUCAAUGAGCCUGAACUCAUGGAUGAGCUAGAGCAGAGACAACGUAACAGUAAGACAACACAGACAGGACAGGAGCCAACGCAUGAAGAUGCCAGACAAUCACAGGACACAAAAACACAGAAAGUUGAAAUACAGAGAAAAAAGGACUCACUUAAGAGACGACGACAAGAAACAAUGCAAGCAAUUGAGGAGAUUGAAAAACUUUGGGAGGGGUCAAAAAGAGAAAGAAAUGAUACUGACUACAUGAAAGGAAAGAUUAAGCAACAACAAGAUGAAAUCGAAAAGCUAAUAGCUGAAAAACACGAGCAAAACACAAAAAUGGAGCUGAUGAGAAUGGAGAUGGAGAAUGUGAAUAAAAAACUAGAACAGAACAAAGAGGAAAUAAAUAUAGAGAAAGAACGAAUUAGACAAAUCUGGGCUGAUGUCCAAAAUGAGAAAGACAUUCUGGAGAGAAGACGCAAUGAGACCAUUAAUGAGAGACAGAGUUUGGAAUUGAUUAAAUAUGAGACAUUGAAAGCAAAAGAGGAGAUGGAGCAAUGCAGGGAAACGACAAAAAAAGACCAGGAGAAAAUGGAAUGGAUGAAAUCUGACCUUCAGCGACAGAUAGAGGAAAUAGAAAUAAGAAUUGCAGAAACAAAUCAAGCAAAAGAGAAAAUGGAAGAGAUAAGAGCGAUGGUACACAGGGAGAGAGAUCAGCUGGAGACCAAAAGGAAUGAUAUCAAAAGAAAAACAGAACAAUUUGAGCAGAUUAAAAAUGAGAUAAAUAAAGUAAAAGAAGAGAUGGAGAGGAGGUGGUUUGAAACUGAAAAAGAAGAGCUUGAGCAGAGAACUAGGAUCAAGCAAGAGAAAGAUGAACUGGCAAUUGUACAAGCUGAGCUACAGAGGGCUAAAGAAGAGAUGGCUCAAAGCAGGGAAAAGACCAACCAAGAGAAAGACCAGAUAAACGAAAUGAAAACAGAGAUUAAUUUAGAAAAGAAUUUACUUGAGAAGGACAAACAAGAGACAUUAAGAAAACAAAAAGAGUUGGAGCAGAUUAGGUAUGCAAUUCAAUUGGAAACAGAGGAAAUGAAUCAAAACAGAGAAGUGGCAAAGCGAGAGAACAAAACGCUGGAACAGAGGAAAGUUGAUCUGCAGAGAAAAAUGGAAAAGAUUGAGAAAAGAAUGAAGGAAACAAAGAUAGAAAAUGAUCGAAUGGAACAGGUAAAAGCAGAUAUACAGAGAGCGAAAGAGGCACUGGAGAAACAAAGAGAUGACACCAUAAGAUUGAAGGAGGAAAUGGAAAAAAGAAGGUAUGAGACAGUCAAGGAGGAGCUGGAGCAAAGGGCUGAAAUACAGAAGGAGGGGGAACAAGUGGAAAGGCUGAAGUUUGAAAUACAGAAAGCCAGGGAGGUUGAAAAAACAAGACUAGACAUAGAGAGAGCUCAAGCCAAAAAGUUGGUUGAAGAAGUAAAGCGACAGAGAGAAGAGAUAGAACUAUUAAGUGCUGAAAUUCAGAAUGAAAAAGAAAACCUGGAGAGGAAAAAACAAGAUUUAAUGAGAGAGAGAAAAGAGUUGGAAAGGACACACUUUGAAACAAUGAAAAUAAAAGAGGAGACUGAGCAAAGCAGGGAGAUCACAAAAAGAGAAAAAGAUGAAAUGGCAGAAAUGAAAAUGAAUAUACAGAAACAGAUAGAAGAUAUAGAAGCUAAAGUUACGGAAACAAAACAAGCAAAAGAAAAAAUGGAAGAAAUACAUGCAGAGAUACAGAGAGAAAGGGACAAUUUGGAGGGUAUAAGAACAAAGACAAAGAAAGAGAUAGAGCAUUAUGAAGAGAUUAGGUAUGAAAUAAUUCAAUUAAAAGAGGAAAUGGAGAGAAGAUUUUGCGAAGCUGAGAAAACAGAGUUGGAAAAGAAAGCAAUAUCACAGUGCGAGAAAGAAUUACUAGAAAAGUUGAAGGAGGAAAUACAGGAAGUCCAGGGUGAAAUAGAAAAAAGAAAGUUGGAAAUUCAGCAAGAAAAAGAAAACCUGGAAAAUAUAAAAGUAAAUGUUGAAAAAGAAAAACAAAUGGCAGAGAAAAAAUCUAAAGAGGCCAAAAUUAAAAAUGAGGACCUAAUAGAAAUGGAGCAAAAACUUCAGGAAGAAAAGAAAGACAUUCAGAAGAGCAAAGAAGUCACAAAGCAAGAGAAGGAAGAGGUCAUAGAGAUGAAGGCUGAACUCCAAAAACAAAUGAAAGAAAUGGAGAACUGUAUGAUGGAGGCGAAGAGAGCAAAAGAGGAGGUGACUCAGGAAAAGCUACAGCUGGAAAAGCAAAGGAAUGAGGUUGGAAGAGUAAAAGCUGAAAUUGAGAGACAAAAAUAUGAAGUUGUGAAAGAAGAAAUUGAACAACGAGCUGAGAUUCAAAGAGAAAGAGACAUUUUGGAAAAAAUAAGAGAUAAGAUACAGAGAUCUAAAGAGGAGUAUGAAAAAAUAAAGCUUCAGAAUAAGGAAGGUGAUUUACAAAAGAAGACAGAAGAAGCAAAGCAAGACAGAGAGAUACUAGAGAAAAUUAAAAUAGAGGUUUUGUCAGAACGGGCUGUCUUGGAAAGACAACGUCUUGAAACCAACCGAGAAAGAGAGGACCUGGAAUUGCUUCGGUGUAAGACACUAAAGGAAAAGCAGGAGAUUGAGAGAAGGAGAAAUGAAACUGCCAAGGAAGAGUUUGAACAUAGAGCUCACAUUCAGAGAGAAAGAGAGGAGAUAGAGCAAACCAAGAAGGAAAUACAGAGGGAGUUAAAACAAGCAAGGGAUACCUCUAAUCAAGAGAGAGACAAAGUUGAACGGAUGAAGGUUGAAAUACAGAACCAGCGUGAGGAAAUGACAAGAACAAUUAAGAAAACAAAGCAAGCCAGAGACGUGAUGGAACAGAUGAAAGAAGAAAUUCUGAAAGAAAAAGAACUUUUGGAUAGAAUGAAAGAGGAAACAAUGAAAGAGAAAGAACCAUAUGAAAAGGUAAGGUAUGAGCUGAAUAGGGUAAAAGAAGAUAUGGAAAAGAUUUGGGAUGAUGUAGAGAGGGAGGAACAGGAAGAAAAACAAAAACUGCUGAAAGAAAAGAUGGAGCUGAAUAAGAGAAUGGAGGAAAUAAAGAAAGAGAUGAACCAGAUAGAAUCAAUGAAACUUGACCUACAGAAACAAAGAGAUGAGAUUGAAGAAAGGAUGGAGAAAACAAAGAGAGAGACGGACAAGCUAGAACAGACAAAGGCUGAGAUACAAAGACAAAAAGAGGACAUUGAAAACAAGAUGGCAAAAACUAAGAGUGAGAAAGAGGAGAUGGAAAGGAUGAAAUCUGAGAUACAGAGGCAAAAAGAGGAAAUUGACAUAAAAAUGCAACAAGCUAAGACAGAAAUGGAUAAGAUGCAAAGACUGAGGGAAGACAUCCAGAGACAAAGACAGGAUAUUGAGGACAAGAUACAAAAGACCAAGAGAGAAAUAGGAGAGUUGGAACUAGUGAAGAAUGAGAUACAAAUGAAGAAAAAGGACCUUGAACAGAGGAUGAGAAAGACCUUGAGACAAAAAGAAGAAAUGGAAAAGAUUAAGAAGGAAAUAGAGAAAGCUAAAAAAGAGAUGGAACAAAGAAGGGAAGAGAGCAAAAGGGAGAAACAUGCAAUUGAACAGGCAAAGGCUGAAAUAGAAAGAGCCAAAGAGGAACUGGAGAUUCGUAUGGAAGAGAGCUUUGAAAACAUUGAUGAGAAGGAUCAAUUGAAUGCUGAGAUACAGAGAUUAAUCCAAGAGGUGGAGCGAACCAGAGAAAUGGUACGACAAACAAAAGUAUCAAUGGAAAACAGGAUGGAAGAAAGCAAUAUGGAGAUGGGUUACAAAGACAGAGUGAAUGCUGAAAUCCAGAGAUUGAUUCUAGAGGUGGAACAAACCAGGGAGGUGUUAAGAAGGGUGAAAGAAGAAAUGGAACAGAGCAAGGAAGAAUUAAAGGGAGAAAAGGACAAAAUCAGACAGAUGAAGACAGAGGCACAAAAAAGAAGAAAGGAGCUAGACCAAAGGAUGGAGAAGAUUCUGCGAGAGCGGGAUGAAUUAGAACUGAUGAAGGCAAAAAUACAGAGGCUAAAAGAAGAGCUGGAAAUCAAGAGAGAACAAGUAAAGACUGAGAGUGAAAAGAUAGAACAGACGAAAGAAGAAAUACAAAGAGCUGUUACAGAAAUAGAAGUAGCAAGGGAGGAGAUACAAAAGGCCAAAGGGAAGAUGGAGGAGGGCAGUGCAAUUAAAGAGAAGAGAUGUGAAGCAGUGAAAGAGGAGCUUGACCAACAAGAUGACAUUAAAAGACAAAAAGAAAUGUUGGACAAAAUAAGAGAUGAGAUACAGAAAGCUAAAGAGGAGUAUGAAAAAAUCAAACUUCAGAAUGAGAAAGUGGAUUUACAAAAGAUGAUGGAGGAAGCCAAGCAAGAUAGCGAGAUGCUACAGCAACUAAAAAAAGAAAGAGAGGACCUGGAAUUGCUUCGGUGUGAGACACUAAAGGAAAAGCAGGAGAUUGAGAGAAGGAGAAAUGAAACUGCCAAGGAAGAGUUUGAACAUAGAGCUCACAUUCAGAGAGAAAGAGAGGAGAUAGAGCAAACCAAGAAGGAAAUACAGAGGGAGUUAAAACAAGCAAGGGAUACCUCUAAUCAAGAGAGAGACAAAGUUGAACGGAUGAAGGUUGAAAUACAGAACCAGCGUGAGGAAAUGACAAGAACAAUUAAGAAAACAAAGCAAGCCAGAGACGUGAUGGAACAGAUGAAAGAAGAUAUUCUAAGAGAAAAUGAACUAUUGGAGAGAAUAAGCGAGAAAACGAAGAGGGAAAGAGAACAAUAUGAAAAAGUAAGAUAUGAGCUAACUAGAGUAAAAGAAGAGAUGGAGAAGAUCUGGGACAAUGUAGAGAGGGAGGACCGUGAAAAGACAGCCAAACUGAAAAAAGAAAAGGUGGAG